AUUAUCGUUCUAGGUACCUGGGAAUAACGAGACCUCUUACGUAUCCUGUAAGGCAGAAUGGGAAGUGUAUGGCCAAAAUGAUCCUGUGUGUAUGGCUCUUAUCUGCCUCCAUCACUAUACCCCCGCUCUUUGGUUGGGCCCAAAAUGUAAAUGAUGAAAAGGUUUGUUUGAUCAGUCAAGACUUUGGCUAUACCAUUUACUCCACAGCAGUUGCAUUUUAUAUUCCAAUGUCAGUGAUGCUUUUCAUGUACUAUCAGAUUUACAAAGCUGCUAAGAGGAGUGCUGCUAAACACAAGGUUGCUGGUUUUCCCCGUCUGGAAGAAACAGAAGGGAUUUCGAUGAAUGGAGUUGGAAAACUGCACAAGGAAUCUGAAGAAUGUACUAAUUUUUCACGACUCCUAAAGCACGACAAGAAAAACAUUUCCAUCUUUAAAAGAGAACAGAAAGCUGCCACUACGCUUGGGAUUAUUGUUGGGGCUUUCACUGUCUGCUGGCUGCCCUUCUUCCUCCUCUCUACUGCCAGACCCUUCAUCUGUGGUACAGUGUGCAGCUGUAUCCCACUGUGGGUUGAGAGAACAUUUCUGUGGUUGGGUUAUGCGAACUCUCUCAUUAACCCUUUUAUAUAUGCCUUCUUCAAUCGGGACCUGAGGACAACUUACCGCAACCUACUGCAAUGCAGAUAUAGGAAUAUUAACCGGAAACUAUCAGCUGCAGGGAUGCAUGAGGCUCUGAAGCUUGCAGAAAAGCCAGAAUUUGUUCUGUAAGGUCACUCAUUCUUUACUAUGAUUAAUUUAUUGUUUUAUCACAUUAGCUUUUUCCCUGCAGAUCUGAAACGAGAGUUAUGGGAAGAAACACUGUUUACUGACUGAACACAGUCAUCAAGAAACUGGAAGGUAGCAAGGUUAAUUCCUGUACAGCCCAC